AUGACUAAGACAGUUUGCAUUGUUGGCGCUGGUCCUUCAGGACUCGUUGCAGCCAAAACCUUGUUGCACAACACUGCUCCAGGCGAGUUCAGAGUCACUAUAUUUGAGUCUCAGAAAGACAUCGGUGGGCUCUGGCCCUCGUCAAAGACAGACAAUGGUCGUCAAGUCCACCCGUUCAUGUGGGCGAACCAAAGCAGACACACGAUGCAGUUCAGUGAGCUUGCCUGGGAAGAUAGCAACCCUCAAUUCCCACAGGGCUGGAUGGUCGGGAAGUAUCUCCACAGAUACCUUGACCGGUUCUUGACAAACAAUGCGGACUUUGAACUCAAGCUCGGCACACGGGUCGAGGGGGCAGAGCGGCCGCAGGGUUCAUCAAAUGGCUGGACUGUCAGUGUGAGAUCAGAGUCUGGAACUGAGACUAAGAACUUUGAUUACCUUCUGGUGGCUUCUGGUUUCUUUGGGAAGCCCAUUAUGCCAGAGGGUCUUAAGAAUGAGACGAGUGUUCCUGUUGUCCACAGUAGUUACUACAGGGAUAUCGAAAGUCUUCUUGGUAAAGGUCGAUCUGGUGGUGGCAAGAUCCUCAUUGUAGGAGGACAGAUGUCUGGUAUUGAGAUUGCAGGAACCAUUGGCGCGCAUCUCUCUUCCGAGGCCAACUCACCCGAUCCCUCAGAGAUUGCCGACAUUGAUAAGUACACUGUCCAUCAUGUCAUUCAACGUCCUAUAUGGGUGUUCCCCCUUUAUACCAGUCCCAAGCAAGCAAACUCGGCGGCUCCGUUUUUGCCUCUCGACUUUUCGAGCUAUAACCUCAACAAUCGACCUCAACCCCUAGACAAUACACAAGGACAUAUCGCUCAGGAGAGGGCCAAGAUAGUCCACGGCGUAUUCAAUGGUAUUCUUGGCUCUAAUCAGUCUGAAUACUCUCCCCUUCUUGAGAUUAAUGACACAAAUGACAGCAGGCAGCCUUAUCUAGCUGUCAGUGAAUGGUACACCGAGUUCGUUCGGUCAGGAUUGAUCACCCUAUCAAAUGGCAAAGUAGAAGGCCUCAAAGGCUCUACGGCAACAUUGUCGGAUGGCACUAAGAUUGAGGAUAUCGCAGCGGUGGUGGUAGCAACAGGGUUUGAUCCUUCACCUUGCAUAAGCUUCCUUCCAGAGGAAGUCCUCGAGUCACUCAACUUUUCGCCAAAGCAUAUCGAUCAGCCUGUUGCUCUGGCUUUCCAUGGAACUCAUCAUCCAGAAGUACCCGAUUUGGGAUUUGUUGGUUUCUACAGAUCUCCGUAUUGGGGCGUCAUGCAGAUGCAGGCUCGCUUCGUUGCAGCGCUAUGGUCUGACAAUGUCUCCCCAGGCCGCAAUUCACAGAUCUUCAAGGACAAGCUCCAAGAUGACGUCUCUAUCCAGCGCACCCUCGACCUGCGAGACGACCCACGCGUAUCACAGUUCCCAAUGGGAGACUACCUUUACCUCGUGAACGAGAUUGCAGAGGCGCUUGAGUUGAAGAUUCACGAGCCCCUUUCGCCUCCAGUUCCCAGCCUACCGCACAAUAACCUACCAUUGGAUAUGCUCACGCCAGCGCGGUACUCAAACCCCAACGAUGAUCAGCAGUCGAAGGACGCGGCAACUACAUCGCUUGAGCAAACACGCAAGGAUGCGACUGACGGCCUUACAUCGUCAAGAUUCGUGGCUCACGCUGUGUUCCGAAGCCUUCUUGGCACAUGGAAGCUCGAGCGUGAUCUAGUAAGCACCCUGCCUUCCCACCCGAGUGGCCACUUCAGCGGCACUGCUCAAUUCCUACUCCGCGAAAAGGCGACCGAUGGCUUGCGAUGUGCCAGCAACCCCAGCGAAGAAUCUCCAGAUGACGAGUCUCUGGGUAUGGAGUAUCUCUAUAUCGAAGAGGGAGAUUUCAAAACUGAUCAAGGCUUCGGCUUCAGAGCUUCGCGUCGUUACGUGUGGCGUUAUGACGAGCUCAGUGAUAAACUGAGUGUGUGGUUCGCCAAGCCUGAGGACCUCAAGCGUGCAGACUAUCUCUUCCACGAGAUUGAGUUUACAGAACCUACGGAGAAGGGGUGGGCUGCUAAGGCGGGGCAUCUAUGUAUUGACGAUUACUAUGAUGUCAAGUACAACUUUGCGUUCCAGGCGGUGAAUCUGAAGCAGUGGGGGAUUGAGUAUACGGUCAAGGGUCCGAAGAAGGAUUAUACUAUCAGCGGGACUUAUAAGCGAUAA